AUGGCGCACACUCGGAAAUGCGCAAGUUCGAUCAGAGGCCUCAUCGCUCCACCGUUAGCGACGGCAUUUUUACUUAAAGCCGGUCCUUCGGUGGCGACUGGUCUUGCUUCCACUGCCGGGGUAGCACGUUACGAAUUCCCUGUUCGGCCUAGGCAGGGCUGGUCUUACCGGAUAAAAGAUGGUCAGACGGGUGGGUGA